UCGAGCGAUGUGAUCGGUUCUCCGUUGCUUUUCCUGCCCAUUCUCCUGAAGCGUGUGGCAGACCUGUUUAAUCGAGCCCCGGUGACGACUCAGCUUCGGCUCGUGAUGAGAACACGGAAAAGCUCAAAUAAACAAUUUAAUCAAACUGUUUACCUCCGUACAUCGCCGAAGAGUUAGAUGUUCAGGAACGGUGAGCACUUUUAAUAAAAGAGAAAAAGAAGGGAAAAAGCAUAAAGAGCCGUUUUGUUUGUGUCGAAAGGCUCGGCUCGUUCGCCAAAUGUCCGCGUCCUCCGCCGCCACCGGCGCUUCCCCGGCUGCCUCGCCGGGUUCACGGCUCUCCGUCCCGGCCGCAGGGAUGUCGGUGUUCCGCUGGCUGGAGGUGCUGGAGAAGGAGUUCGAUAAGGCGUUCGUGGAUGUGGAUCUGCUCCUGGGGGAGAUCGAUCCGGAUCAGGCCGACAUCACAUACGAAGGCCGGCAGAAGAUGACAAGCCUGAGUUCGUGUUUUGCUCAGCUUUGUCAUAAAGCACAGACUGUUUUUCAGCUCAAUCACAAAUUAGAGGCUCAGCUGGUGGAUCUGAAGUCGGAGCUGACGGACGUGCAGGCGGAGAAGGCCGUGGUGGAGAAGGAGGUCCAUGAGCAGCUACUCCAGCUUCACGCUCUGCAGCUGCAGCUCCACGCCAAAGCGGGUCAGACCGUCGACUCCAGCUCCAUUAAAGACAGGAUGCCUGUUGCCUCCGUGGAGGAGAUGGAGAAGGAACUGGAGGCCAGUAAGAAGGAGAAGGUGAAGGAGGUGAAACUGGAAGCCGAGGUGAAGAUGCUGAAAAAAGAGAACGAGGCCCUCCGCAGGCACAUCGCAGUACUGCAGGCUGAGGUGUAUGGCGCCAGAUUGGCAGCCAAAUACCUGGACAAGGAGCUUGCUGGGAGGGUCCAGCAGAUUCAGUUAUUAGGUCGGGACAUGAAGGGACCAGCUCACGAUAAAUUGUGGAACCAGUUGGAAGCUGAGAUUCAUCUGCACCGCCACAAAACGGUCAUCCGAGCCUGCAGAGGGCGCAAUGACCCCAAGAAGCCCUUGCCAUCACCUGCAGGACAUGACCCAGAAUCUCUGAAGAAGACUCAAGGAGUCGGUCCUAUUCGCAAAGUGCUUUUAUCGAAAGAGGACCACGAGGGGCUUGGGAUCUCCAUCACAGGAGGUAAAGAGCAUGGAGUUCCCAUCCUGAUCUCGGAGAUCCACCCGGCCCAGCCUGCAGAGCGAUGCGGGGGACUGCAUGUCGGAGACGCCAUAUUGGCCGUCAACAACAUCAACCUGAGAGACGCCAAACACAAGGAGGCAGUGAACAUCCUCUCCCAGCAGAGAGGAGAGAUUGAGUUUGAGGUGGUGUAUGUGGCGCCAGAGGUGGACUCCGAUGACGAGAACGUGGAGUAUGAGGAUGAGAGUGGGCAUCGCUAUCGACUCUACCUGGAUGAGCUGGAGGAGGGAAUGGGUGGUAGCCAUGGCAACGGGCCUGCUGAUUCUGCAUCACUGCAAGUCGUGGAGAAGCACCUGAUGGCGGACAGAGCCGAGAACGGAGACACGGGCAUCUCCAGCGAGAGUCCUUCCGAGGAGACGUCUUCCAAGAUGGCCGAGUCUCCUCAGAACUCAUCCUGAAGAGCUGAAAGAGAUAAGAGGGGCUCCAGUCCCUCCUUCACAGGGAGAAGGAGAGAGAGAGAGAGAAAUAAAGACUCUGGCCCUGUAUGAUAGCUGUAACAUACCAGGAUGUAUGUUUUGUACCCUAUGGACAUGACAGUUUCAGAGUCCACUGGAGAUCACAUGGAGACGCCAACAAGAAACACAGAGGACCGCUUUUCACCUGGAAGCUGUCCUCAAGCAUGAUGUCUUCUGAAUUAACAUCAACUGUGGUCAGGAAAAUGGCUGAGUGCGAUGGGUGACGUGUAUUUCCAGAGAAACCGCUCCAGUUUUAACAAGGUGGAAGAGAUGGGAUAGAAUGUGGGGUGUUUUUUUUUUUUUUUUUUUUUUAAAUAUCCUUUGUGUGCGGUUACUGAUCCCAAGCAGGUGAAUUAGACCUGUGCUCGAAUUAAAUGCUGUCGUGGGGUAUUAAUAGAAAAUAGCAAAAAGGUCAGGUUAUCAUACAGAAUCUAAUCAGUAUCAUGAACAUAAGAGUAAAUCCACCUCAAAUCAUCGGAUUUUUAAGAAAAUGUUCCUGAUUGACUGUCUCAGAUUUGUUUCAUCCUUUAUUAGAAAUAAGGUCACUAUUCCUAAUAAAAUGGUGUACAAAAUGUCAGGCUUGAAUCUGCAUUACUUUGAGAUGUAGAGGCUUUAAAAGGGGGCGUGGCCCUGUUUUUAAAAAAAAAAAUCGGGAAAAAAUUCCAUAAAUAUUGAUUCGUGCUAGCUGUAUGAAAGAUUUUUGGGAUUGUUGUCCAACUUCUAAAAAGACCCAAAGUUGCAAAUUUAUCUCAUCUCGUCUCAUUAUCUCUAGCCGCUUUAUCCUGUUCUACAGGGUCGCAGGCAAGCUGGAGCCUAUCCCAGCUGACUACGGGUGAAAGGUGGGGUACACCCUGGACAAGUCGCCAGGUCAUCACAGGGCUGACACAUAGACACAGACAACCAUUCACACUCGCGGUCAAUUUAGAGUCACCAGUUAACCUAACCUGCAUGUCUUUGGACUGUGGGGGAAACCGGAGCACCCGGAGGAAACCCACGCGGACACGGGGAGAACAUGCAAACUCCACACACAAAGGCCCUCACCGGCCACGGGGCUCGAACCCGGACCUUCUUGCUGUGAGGCGACAGCGCUAACCACUACACCACCGUGCCGCCCGUUGCAAAUUUAUGGCUUGCUAAAAAUAUAAUUAAUAAAUAAAUUUUUUAAAAUUGUCCAUUGGCUCUCUAUACCUCCACACUAAAGUGCAUCAUAUCUUUCAAUCUUUCUUUCAUAUCUAUUACUCAUCUUAUAGUUCUUUCUUAGCAAUUAGGUGCAUAUUUAGAUUUUGUGGUGUAAAAACACACAUCACUUGAAAGAAAAUAUUUUUAAUUAUCUAAAUGCACUAAUUAUCAAAUCUGUACCAAAAGUAUGAUCAUUCAGGUUGAAUCAAAUAUGCGGUGCUUGAUUACAUGCCAUUUCAUUUUCAUACAUCCAGCAUGAAUAAUUCAAGAGUAACUUUUGCUGUAGUAUGUUUAUUUUUUCAGGCCCACACCUGCUUUUUAAAGCAUCUGUAUCUUGAACUAAUGCAGACGGACGGACGGUCGGUCAGUCUGGAGGCUUUUGGUGAUUUCACAUGGAUUGACUCAAAUUAUUUUUCUGUUUCGUACGUGUGCCGUUUUUAACGUCUUCCUGUUUUGAAUAAGGUUGUUUUUUCUGCUUGUUACGAAAAUAGGGAAGGGUUGAGGAAUGUUGUUAUUCAUCCUAGAAAUGAGCGAUAGAUGAAAUCAAUUUACAGACGUGCUUUAUUAUUCAGGGUAAGAGGGGUUUGUCCUGUCCUGUCCUGUCCAGUGAUUUAUCCAUGUUUUGAGUUCCUUUCCAAGAACAAGAAUCGUCCUGAAUUUGCAAUAAGGCCCACCUUUUUUUUUUUUUUUUUUCUUUCUUCCCUCAUUGCCUCCAAUAUUUUAGAAAUUACAGCAGUUUCUGUAAUCAAGCUUGCUCUGAUUGAUUGGGUGCUAAAAUCUAGAUAAAGAAAGUUAUGCAUGAUGAAUGUAGCUACAGUGAAACUCUUGGCAAUAUCGAAUUUGUGUGGCAUUAUAGUCAAGUAUUGACGACAUCGGACAUUUUGAGAUCCAGACCAAAUUAAUUACGCGCAUGUUUGUUUCAUGACGGCAUGUCACUGUCCGGCAACUUGACCAAAUUGUGACGUUCGACUGUUUUUAGCACCGUAAUCUUUGCAGGAUGACCAAGACAAGGUUAGAAAGUAAAUAAAUAAAACAUUUCCACGUCAGCUUUUAUAGAUUCUUGAAGCAUAAGCAUCAAAGUACAGGUAUAUUAUAAGCAGAAAAACCACACUGGUCUGUUUUUUUUUUUUUUCCAAAAUUCAGCUACAGCAGCAUCCAAAGGAGCUAACUUGGAUAAAAAGUGCUAAAUCACAGCGUAAGGUUGGUGGUGUAUUUUUAUUGAACAGGUAACUACAUACACACGCAUGCGCACACCUACAGCUCCUUGAGUACGAUUGCUCAGCAUACAUUAUAUACAUCUGGAGGAUUUAAAACUCUAGAGGACAGGUCUGAGCCCAAACAACCCGACUGCAAAAAAUGUCUUCGGAAGCGUACACGAGUACUUUAUUCUAUCCACACUCACUCUGAUUGGCUACUCUACUACUAGGCUAUCAGCUCAUAUACCAUGAGUAGAGAAAAACAAAAUGGUUUUGCUGAACUAACCGAGGACGAAAUAAAAACUACUUGAAAACAAAACCCCAAAAAAAUAAAAAGCAACAAAAUAUGGAAUAAAGGUAUUUAAUGAUAAGAACGUAGCUGGUUUUUUUUCUUUUUCAAGAAUCAUUAUUAUUUAGAGCAUUUUUCACAAACUGCUCCUGUCAUUUUGCCGGUUUGUUUACAUUCUAAGCGGAAAUAAUUGUCAGACGUUUUGUAUAAAGUUUUUAUUUAUUGAAUUUGCAAAAAAUAAAAAUGCUCCGUUUCUCAAAAUCCAGUGAAUGCGGAUAGAAUAAAACGGUUAUUCUAUUCAAUCUCGUCGUACGUAGCUUGUCAGCUCAUGUACGACUCGAUUUCGUGGAAUAACUGUUAAAUGUAUAGUAUUUCUCAUGACAUGUUUACAAAUGGGUUACAUAAUUAUUUCUAUUUAGCUUGAAAAGGCAAGAAUUUCAAUAUUUCACUUAAUUAGAUGUCUCGCUAAAAAGUCGCCAUGACAACUUUUAGCAAGCAAGCAAGCAAGCCAGCCUCUGCAUGCUUGUUGCUCUCGAGAGAAAUUUAAAUGCAUGUAUAGAAAUAUGUUGGUGUUGUAGCUGUAACCUGUGUCUCAAAUCACACACAUGGACCGAAAAUAUUUAGGUUUAAGACGAGGUUUUAAAAAUGCAUGCGAUGUAACUGAUCUGCUGAAGGUUCGUGUCUGAUUUGAGACCCAGCUCAGGUUUGUUUAGUCUGCUGCCACUGACAUGUGAUUUACUCUCAUCCAGACACACAAAAAAAAAGCUGAGGAGUUUCUGAGCCAAAUGGUCGCAGAGUAGAAACAGCGGCCAUUUUGUGUACACUAGCCUGAAUGGGAAGUCACGUCAGUGUGCGUGUUUCAGCUUCUGAAAUAUUUCUGCAGUAUCUGACAAUGUGCUUAAUAAAUUCUGGACCAUUCUUGUUUAAAACAGAGUUAUCGAUGUAAAAGGCUCCGAGGACACCGAUUAUCCAUGAAGGUGUAGGGGACGGAUUAAUUUAGCUUAAAUCUUUAGCGAUUUCGCUCCCAAGUCUUUUUAAGAACAAAGAAUGGUGGUGGAAAUGUGUCAAAAUCAUCGAGAAUAUCAACAUUUACCUCAGAUGUGUUGAAAAAAGACUUGUAUGUUGUGACUUGAAACGUUGCUCGAAGACUGCUAAUUAUACACUGCGACAUAUUUAUGUUGGGAUCCUGUAUUCACCAUGUUUAGAAGAUUAAAUGUGAAUAAUUUCCUGUUGUAUUAUAAUAUUGAUGACUCUCUCACACUGUUGGUGCGUCUCACUGUGGAACCCCUGAGCAGACCGGUUAGCAAAUCAACACUAAAUAUAAAUGCAAUUUUAGGAAUAAAAAUUCUUUUUUUUCAAUAAUUUAGCAACACAUCCGAGGUAAAUGUUGAUGUGUUCUACAAUUUUGACUCAUUUCCGCCAUCAUUCUGCAAUUACAUUCUUCUUAAAAAAAUAAUUACGUACUAGCUAGCUAAAUCAAUAUUAGCUAGCUUGUACGCUGGUUGCCAAGCAACGGUGUUUUUCCAGCUUUAACCUCUUGAAAACCAAUUUAAAGCACAAAAUUGAUUUCUAUAAAUUGAUUUACUGAAGCGUAUUGUUGUGAUGCAAGAAAUUGGAGGGGGAACAGAUGAGGAUCACGUAAUAACGUGGAAAAGUUGAUUGUGAGAUGUUUUUCAAGUUACGACAAUUUUACCAUGAAAUGUUUUACGGCAUAAUAAGAAAUAGUUUGUAUGUUGUAAUAACGUGAAAAACCUCGUUAUAACAAUAAAUAUUUCGCGUUAUAUCAUGAUAUUUUUCAUUUUCUGGAGUGGCAGAAACAUGCUUCCAUACCAUACUGUUUGAAUGCACCAUUAGUGGAAUGUUGUUUUAAGAAGGAAAGGUAACACGUGGACACGAAACCACCUGGUUUGCAAUUUUUUUUUUUUUUUAAUUUUUUUUUUUAAGAAAUGCCCAACAGGAAAUGGGAUACCAUUUUAGUCAGGUGCGUGAGGGGGGGGAGGGAAAUGAGAUGUACAGGUAACCUGAGAAUGUGCAAUAUACAGUACAUGUGUGAGACUUGAGGUGAACAGGGUGCCAUUCUUCAUCCAUCACUUUAAUAGGAGCUUGUUCUUGAUUCUAAGAUCCCUGUUCUUAGCUGCAGGAGCGGAACCCAAUGUGUUCUGCUGUUGCUUUUCUGCUGAUAUGCUUUUCUGCUCACCACGGUUGUCAAGAGUGAUUAUAUGAGUUACUGUAUUCUUCCUGGCAGCUCGAACCAAUCCGGCCAUUUUCCUCUGACCUCUCUUAUCAACAAGGCGUUUGUUUCUACCCACAAAAGCGUCGCUCACUCAACUCGACGGGUUUCCCCCUCGUACCAUUCUGUCUGUGUAAACUCUCGAGACUGUUGUGUGUGAAAACCCCAGGAGAUCAGCAGUUUCUGAAAUACUCAAACCAGUCCAUCUGACUCGAACCAACACCCAUGCCACAGUGAAAGAAAGUCACACUUCACUGCGAGAUCACAAUUUUUCCCGUUCUGAUGUUUGAACUGAACAUUAACUGAAGCUCUUGAUUUGUCAUCUGCAUGAUUUUAUUUUAUGCCUUGUGCCGCCGUCAAGGGAUUGGCUGAUUUAGAGAAGUACAUAAAACAGCAGGUGGAUGGAUGUUCUGAAUAAAGUGGCCAGCGAGUGUAACUAAGCCAUGCUGUUAGGAAAAUGAUCAGUGACUGUUACUGUGGUGACGUUGAUUAUUUUAUUCCUCUUACACGACAGUAAUUUGCCUAUGCUAACAAUAGGUAUGUAUUAAUGAAUUUAAUAGCAUACAUUUAAUCUUGUAGAGCAUCUUCCCCAUAUCCCCCCCCCCCCCCCCCCCAAACAGCUUAUCGCUGUUAUCAUUUACAUUAUAGGAGCUGUCAACAUCCUCUCUUUUGUUCUCGCUUGAGAUAAUAAUGGGGGACAAAGUCAUGUGUUUGAGAAACCGCAAAAUCAGAAUGACUCUGAGAGCUAUGAUGAUGUCUUCUGUGUGUAUAGCAGUAAAAUAUCAACAACCCUAAAUUAUUACUCGGAAUAAUUACUCCAUUAUUUACUAAAUAGAAAAUCUCUGAAGCAGUAUUUUCCCUGCUUUCUUCUCUGAGGCAUUUUCCAGAGCUUGAACGUGACCCACACACUGCCAAGUGUGCGUCUUUUCAAAACCAGACUCUGGACCCUCCGAAAUCAUUUUGUUAAAGGAGGCAAUUUGCAGACAAUCAGCUUGUGGACUUUAUGGAGCAGAGUUUCUGUUACGGAUGUAUUACUCUGUGUGGGACGAGACAAGAUUUCUCUUUGCUCGAUUGCACGGUCACUGCAUGUGGCAGGAAGCACCAACAGAAAGCUUCGAACCUGUAUUUUAAAUCCACCUGUACAUCCUAUAGUUGACUGGUGAUUGAUUUGUUAACUUCCUGUUUGUCAUAUGAUCCAUAUUUCUGCAAGCUAGGCAUGUGCUGAUAAUCAGCUAUCUGACAUCUUAUAAUAUUAAACUCCAUUGGUAUUAUAGAUACUGUAGUAAACUAUCCAUAGUCCCUCGAUAGGGAGCAUUUCAAGUCGACAUUGAUCUGAAUAGGAUAUAUUCUACAAGACAUUCGCACUUUUUGUGCUAAUUUGCCUGAAGGAAAUUUCAUAACCGUUCUCAAUGAUAUCCCUGAAUAAACAUAUUGGGAAGACUGCGAUAUAAACAUAAUAUUGGCACAUGUCUACUGCAGCCUGGAAAGUUUGGUAUAAAUGUCCUAUCUGUAUUUACUGCAUAACAAUAUUGGAAUAAACUUAUUUGCUCAUUUCAA